UUCACAGAAGCUAUUCUCAUUAUCUGGAUAGAAAAACAUUAAACCACUAAUUUGUUUCUCCUCUAAUACAUGAUGAGUCUCACAGGAGAGAAACCACAUCUGUGUUCUGAGUGUGACAGAAGCUUUACAUAUAAAUCACAGCUUAUCACACAUCAGAGGAGUCACACAGGAGAGAAACCAUUUACAUGUUCUGAAUGCAGCAAGUGUUUUUCCCAGAAGGCAGAGCUUGUUGUACAUCAGAAGAUUCACACAGGAGAAAAACCAUUUAAAUGUUCUGAAUGCAGCAAGUGUUUUCCCCAGAGUUCACAUCUUGUUAUUCAUCAGAGGUGUCACACCGGAGAGAAACCAUUUAAAUGUUCUGAAUGCAGCAAGUGUUUUCCCCAGAGUUCACAUCUUAUUAGUCAUCAGAGGAGUCACACAGGAGAGAAACCAUUUAAAUGUUCUGAAUGCAGCAAGUGUUUUCUAAAUAAGUCAGAGCUUGUUGUACAUCUGAGAAUUCACACAGGAGAGAAAUCAUUUAACUGUUCUGAAUGCAGCAAGUGUUUUUCCCAAAAGUCACAUCUUGAUAUACAUCAGAGGAGUCACACAGGAGAGAAACCAUUUACAUGUUCUGAAUGUAGGAAGUGUUUUCCCCAGAAGUCGGAUCUUGUUGUACAUCAGAGAAGUCACACAGGAGAGAAACCAUUUACAUGUUCUGAGUGCAGCAAAUGUUUUACUAGAAAGAAAACACUCAAUAAUCACAUGCGGAGUCACUCUGAGGGCCUGAAUGCAGCUUGUGUAUCAUAA